UAGGUUCCUUAUCCUAAGAACUUUCAUUAUAUGGGACUCGAUACUGGCACGAGACUCAUUGCUAUCUUCUGGAAGUAGAGAUGGCUUGACAUUUGUCACGUCAUAGAUAAGAGACUCGGUUAUAUCUUUUGCAUCCCAGAUAUCAUGCGGGUUCGUUUCGAACAGUCUGCGUUGGGAUUCAGUCCGACACUUGUCUAUUCAUCAUGGAUUUCGAUGUUAUAGUUCGUAAUGGCACUGUAGUCACCGCAUCAGACAUAUGGGAGUGUUGUGACAUAGGCAUAAAGGACGGAACGAUCACAGCCGUUGGACCACGUCUCAUCGCUGCAGCAGGUGUCCAGGAAAUUGACGCCGAAGGUGCAUAUGUCACACCUGGAGGGGUCGAUACGCAUGUGCACCUAUCCCAGCUGUACGAAGCCGCCGUCGACGACGUGGAUCAUACGGUCAUUAGUGAUGGGUUAAUCCCCGAUUUACCAAACUACGUCGCGGAUACGUACGACACUGGGACUCGCAGUGCCGUUGCUGGUGGUACCACCACCGUCAUCACAUUUGCAUCGCAGAUGAAGAAAGACGAGAGUCUUGUGCCUGUCAUUGAGGAGUACCACAAGCUGGCGAAAGGCCAGUCUUACUGUGACUAUGCGUUUCAUGUUAUCGUGACCAAUCCAACUGAACAUAUCGUGGAGCAUGAUUUCCCGAAGAUGGUGGAGGAAUAUGGGAUUACUAGCGUGAAACUCUAUAUGACAUACAAACCCAUGAAGCUGCGUGACUAUCAGAUUCUGGAUGUGAUGUACUCGGCGAGAAAACUGGGUAUUACGACCAUGGUCCAUGCAGAGAAUGCUGAUAUCAUCGACUGGAUGACUGAGCAUCUGGAGAAGAAACUGAUGACAAACCCUCAUCAUCACGGCACCUCUCGACCUCCUAUCGUUGAAAGCGAAGCUACGAAUCGCGUGAUCAGCCUGGCUGAGCUGAUGGACACGCCUAUACUUCUGGUACAUGUCUCGAGUGGUCAUGCAACGAAGCAUAUUCGCGACGCGCAGACUCGCCUCCUGCCUAUCUACGGAGAAACAUGCCCACAGUAUCUAUUCCUCCUCGCUGAUAGCAUGCGCAAGGGCGAUUUCGAAGGGGCAAAAUGUGUUUGUUCUCCUCCCCUCCGAGAGAACAAAGUCGACCAAGAUGCAAUAUGGGCUGGUAUUAAAAAUGGAACCUUUACGACUUUCUCGUCUGAUCAUGCCCCUACCAAGUGGGCUCAUCCUAACGGCAAGCAACGCGGCCUACAGCACGGCAACCUGCCCUACGGAAAAUUCCGCUACAUCCCCAAUGGUCUUCCCGGCGUCGAGACACGUCUACCGCUUCUCUUCUCGGGCGGUGUCCUCAGUGGGCGUAUCACCCCCCAGAAGUUUGUGGAAGUCACGGCAACCAACCCUGCUAAGCUGUAUGGACUCAAGAAGAAGGGAGCUAUUGGUCCUGGCUUUGAUGCCGAUCUCACCAUCUGGUAUCCGCAGGAGAUGUUUGAGCCCUUCAAGUUGACAAAUGAGAUGCUUCAUCAUGCGAUUGACUAUACGCCGUUUGAAGGUAUCGAGUUUAAGAAUUGGCCGCGGUACACUAUCAUCCGUGGAAAGGUUGUAUUCAGCCAUGGUCAGGUUGUGGGGCAGAUGGGGUACGGCCAGUUCAUCAGGAGAGGGAAAAGCUUGCUACCAGGCCCUCGAGAUGUGUGGCUGAGUGAAUGGCGGCCUUGAGCAUGGGUUCAUCAAGAUCAGACUUCAAUUGAAGGUGACUUCUGUUGAAGGAGGGUAGACCGGCAGCCAGCAGGUGGUUGAUACAUUGUACUCGGACAAGAUGUUUAAACAUAUGCAGAUAGUUUCUUUCUUAUAUGUAAAAUCUACAGUUGUUAUCAUGCUA